AUUUAUUUAUUUAUUUUUUGCAGCAACCAUAUAUAUACAUAUAUAAAACGUACGAAUUGGUAGCGUUUCAUUGUGAACUAUUAUAUUAAUGGUAUACAAAAAAGUUUCUAAUUAAGAUAGCUCGAGAUUUCGAAAACAUUCAGCAGUAUUUUUGUACUUAGCCAAGGGGUUUCCAAACUGACCGUAAUUUUGUCACUGUGUGGUGGCAUUACUUAUUUUUUUUAUGGCUACACAUAAUUAUAUCUAUUACUCAAGCUUAGGUUCGGUUAGACAGAUUCAUUGUGAUGUCAGUUCUAUAUGUUUUAAAGAUCGAACGAAUCCGAACGUUCAUUCUCAUUAUUAAUCACUCUUUCUCAUUAAUCAUGCUCAAUAAUCAUAAUCUGUGUGAAAUAAAUAAUGACCCCGAUCUUCAAAGAAGAGAGUCUUUCUUAGAAGGCACACAGAAAGAGAUGUUUGGCGGAUUCUGUGCAAGCCAAGAAACCACAACUAUUUCAUUUCAUUUAAUUUAAUUCAUCUACCUAUUUGCAUCAAUUUGUAUUGUUGCUUUAACAAGACGCUUAUUGUCGGAAUUUCCGCUGACAGCCACAUUUUGAGGCGAUUUCUGAUUUCGAAUUUUGAAGUUCAUGUUCAGCGAAUGUUUCGCCCACACAGCCUAGCAACAAGUUUAUGGCUGUCGGAAACGUUUUAAGUUCUAAAGUUGAUUUGAUUUGAUUUUGUUUGUUAAAGUAGCGAUCGUUUGUGCGUUGGCAGUAAAUAAACGCCUCUUUAUUAGCUUUUCAAUGUACUUAGCUGGGCAUUUGAGGCCAAGCUUCUGCCCAUUAAUAUUCCCAUUCCGAAUAUGGUAGAUCUAACAUUUUCCCCCUUUCUCUCUCUCUCUCUCUCUCUCUGUCGAUCGCCUUUUCAGCUGCCACAUCAACAACUAUGGGGGCUGGCGUUAGUGCUACUGGCUCUUAUGGUUCUGCCAAAACUGACAACAGGUAAAAAAACUGAGAAAAGGUGUGUGAAUUGCACAUAUCGUACGUAUUACACCUAUGGCGAUGGACGUGCACUGGAGCGCGUUAUAUAUCGAGAUCAGACCUACACACGUGCUGCCCAAACGUACGGGUGCUACGGAAACCCGUGCGGCUUGAAUGCCGUUUGCCAGGAGACCGCCGGCGGCCGUCCGGUCUGCUCCUGUCCACCCGGCCACAGCGGUAAUCCCCUCACCCAUUGUAAUCGAGGCGAGUGCCUGGACAACAUCGACUGCCGCGGUGACCUUCAAUGCAAGAACAAUCGCUGUGUCAACCCCUGUGUGGGCGCCUGCGGAAUUGGCUCCAACUGCGAGCCCCGUAAUCAUGUGGCCGUAUGCAGCUGUCCAGCUGGCUAUCAAGGCGAUCCAUACACCUCAUGCCGUUUGUCCGAUCCAGAGGAGCAAUGCCACCCCAGUCCCUGCGGCAUCAACACCAAAUGCGAGAUCAUAAACGGCGUACCCACCUGCUCCUGCCUGCAUGGUUAUCUGGGAAAUCCGUUGAGCGGAUGUCGCCAUGAGUGCGAGCAUGACGGCGACUGCUCGGCCCGGGACAUGUGCAGCAACUACAAGUGUGUGCCCGCCUGUGGACAGUGCGGCACGGGUGCCACAUGCAACACGGUGGCGAAUCAUCGGGCUGUCUGCGAUUGUCCCAAAGGCUACAUUGGCAGUCCCUAUACGGAAUGUCGUCCGGAAUGUUAUGGCGACGUGGACUGUCCGUCCAAUCGGCCGGCCUGCUUCUACGGCAUCUGCAAGAAUACAUGCGAGGGUGCCUGUGGCGUUGGAGCCGACUGCAAUUUGCGUGGCUUGACGCCUGUCUGCAGCUGUCCUCGGGACAUGACCGGCGAUCCCUUCGUGCGCUGUCGUCCUUUCACCAAAGAGGACCUGUGCUCACCCAAUCCCUGUGGCACGAAUGCCAUUUGCGUGCCCGGCCACGACAAUACCGGACGAGAGCGGCCCGUUUGUAAUUGCCUGCCCGGACACACAGGAAAUCCGCUAACGCACUGCUCCCGCGGCGAGUGUCUGAGCAACAAUGAGUGUCCGGACAACAAGGCCUGCAUUAACUAUCAGUGCGUCAAUCCGUGCAUUGGAAAGUGUGCUGCGGGUGCCACCUGCGAGCCAAAGGCCCACCUGGCCGUCUGCAAAUGCCCGCCAGGACAGUCGGGCGAUGCUUUGGUCUCCUGCCGGCAGACGCGCACCUUCCCCGUCGCCAAGUAUCAUUGAAAGGGCGUGACUUAAGCCGUAUUCCCUGCCACCGCCCACUGUAUACAAAAUGCAGUUGAUUACGUAAAGCUAAUAAUCCAGUCGCUUUCUCUAAUCAUAAUUUAUUUUAAAUAAACACUCUACUCCUGUUAAA